AUGUCGUCGUCAAAUCCCCGCCGCGACCAACCCGAGGACGAUGCGGAAGUCGAGAUGCUUGCCGAGGACGACGUUCACGAGAUGGUCGAGGAUGCCGAUGAGGACGGUGAUAUGGCCAUGGGGUCCGACGACGAGGGCGAGGAAAUCCUUCUGCAGAAUGACAGCAUUGCCUACUUUGACGGCCACAAAGACUCCGUCUUUGCCAUCGCCCAACAUCCGCUGUACCCCAAUCUGAUCGCCACGGGCGGCUCUGAGGGCGACGAUGAAGAUGCUCUCGGCAAGGGCUACGUGAUCGACACCUCGGCCGCUGCCUCCCGCCCGAUCGUCCAGUCCUACUUUUUGCACACCGGGGCCUGCACCGCCGGCGCAUGGACCCCCGGACGGUCUCCUCCUCGCCACCGUCAGCGAGGACGCCUCCCUGCACGUCCUUCGACGUCUGGGGCGCCGCCGCGGCCAAGUCCCUCGUCACGGACAACGGCCCAGACCGUCGUCUCGCUCACCGAAGCCGACCAGCGCUUCGCCGUCGAAGGCGGCCUCUACUCAGUCGCCAUCUCCCCCUCGGGCGGCCUUCUCGCCGCGGGCGGCGCCGCCGGCGCCAUCCGCAUCGUCAGCCUCCCCCGCCUCUCCUCCCCAUCCGGGUCCGCCCCAUCCCAGCGCGGCGGCGGUGAGAACCAGGCGGGCACCAUCCUGGCCGCGCUGGCCGCGCAGCAGGACGGCGUCGAGUCGCUCGCCUUCUCGCCCAACCCGGCCACCCCGCUGCUGGCGGCUGGGUCCGUCGACGGCAGCAUCGCUGUGUUUGAUCCGUCGAGGUCGUUUGCCCUGCGCCGCCACCUCAAGGGCGCCCAUGAUGGGGAGUCGGUCGUGCGUGUUGAUUUUGUGCGCGCCGCGCCGGCGGCGGCUGCCGCGGGCUGGUUGUUGACUUCGUGUGGGCUGGAUGGUGUGGUGCGGCGCUGGGAUUUGAGGGGUGCGACGGCUAGUCAGGCGGCUGUGGCUGGGGCGGCGGCGUCGGGGUUGGUGAAGGAGUGGAGGGGUCAUCGCGGCGGUGGUGACGGGGGCGGUGUACUUGGGUUUGUGCAGGGGGAGACGGGGGAGAGGGUUGUCACGGCGGGUGAUGACGCGGUGGUGUUAGUUUUUGAGGCAUAG